AUUAUCGCGACCAUGAGCUGCCCAAAUUGCAUACAGGGAAGCACAAUCCCCGGCACUCCGACCGGCUCGAUCCAACAGCAGUAUGAUGGCGCCUACUUCGCAGCAGCUCCUGAGGGCAGCACAUCCAAGAGCGCCGUGUUCUACCUCACCGACGCGUUCGGCUUGCCUCUCGUCAACUCCAAGAUCAUGGCCGACCAGAUUGCCCAGAAGGUCGGUUGCGACGUGUGGGUCCCCGACUUCUUCCAAGGGAAGCCCCUGUUGGACGUGAACGGUAUGGAGGCCCGCACCUUGUCGGUCAAGAAGGGCGGAACCUCCACUUUCGACUUCAUGAAAUUCAUGUUCGCCCGUAUGCCCACUUUGAUUCUCCCCUUCUACCGCAACCGGCCCGCCGUUGUGGAUCCCCGUGUCUCCUCUCUGGCAGAGAGGCUGAGGAAGGAGAAAGGGUAUGAGAAGAUUGGCGCCGUUGGAUACUGCUUUGGUGGUUCAAUGGCGGCUCGCUUAGGCGCUACAGAUGCGUUCAAUAGCGUGGUGAUAGUCCAUCCCGGUGGACUCAGCGAUGAGCAGCUGAAAGCCAUCAAAGUCCCCACAUCAUGGGCGUGCGCCGAGGAGGACCCCGGCUUCAAGCCUCAAAUGAGAGCUAACGCGGAGUCGAUAUUCAAGGCACGUGCAGGGAAGCCUGAUUUUAUCGAGUACGAGUUCAAGGACUAUCCAGGAACCGCGCAUGGUUUUGCAGCCCGCCCUGACUUGAAUGAUCCCGAUGUGAAGGCCGGAUACGAAGGCGCGCUGGAACAAGCUUGCAAUUGGUUUAGGAAUACUCUUCUCUGACCUACUUCACGUUUUCGUGGCACUUUUUGUUAUGCUUUUUUACUCAAGUCACGACAUUGACAUGACAUGCUCUUUAAUACGCUCAGUACUUUACAGACAGUUCAGCCGGGAUAUUUCACAAAUACAGGACCAUCAAGUCUGUUGC